AUGGACUUCUCGACCGAGAUGCUUUGCUACACCCUCAUGGGCAUGGGCUGCAAGAUGACCCUGAGCAUACUCUUCGCCUCCAUCCGGUCCUACCAAAACCACCAGGCGUUGGCGCGACUGGUUUUCAAGGUUCGUGGCAGCAGUGUCGCAUUUGUGUCAUUGCUUCGCGGCACCUUCGACCACGUCGUGCCGUGCACUGUUCAGAGCAACGGGAUUUGUGAGCUCCCGCCCCGACGUAGCCGGGAUCUCCUUGAGCUCGAGCAUCUGCUGGGUCGGCCCCUGGCCGCCGCCAGCUUCAACGACCAGCUUGCGGGUGGCCGGGAGCGUGAGCGCUUCAGCGCGUACGUGCAGAAUGCCUUGCGCCAGCAUGCGGACCUCCUGAAAGCCGGAGAGAGACUGGGACUGGUCCCCGACACAUCCCUGCCGCCCGUGGCCCAAGCGCUGCACGUGCGCCUGCGAAGGUAUGUAGCGGUGAGCCCAACUGCCGUCGUGCCUCCGCCCUCGCCAGAGCCCCCGGAGGACAACUGGUCUCUGCCGCGCGUCGACGUCGACGCGAUCUGGAACGAGUUCCUUCUGAAGGCUGAGAACAGAAGAACUGCCUACGACCGAUGGGGCACACGCUUGCUGCUUUUGCCGAUGUACGCCUUUCCCGUGCUGGUGGCAGCAACUUUCUGCAGAGCACGGCUUCGAAGAGCUGCGCGCUGGUUGAAGAAGCAUCCCCUCGUAGUGGAGGCGGCAGGCUACGCCCUCACCUUCCUCCUGGCUUUCCAUGGCCGACGCUACGCGGAUCUCGGCUGCGCAUACGGCGGGGCCCUGGCCUUCGCCGCCUGCCAUGCGAUGUCUGUGCUUUUGCGGCGCCCAGCAGACGAUGGCUGGCCUGACUGGUUGAAGCCUCCCCAAAGAGACGAGGCCACAGUUCUUUGGCUCCUGUUGCAUGCGACCAUUUGGGCGGCUGCCUGCGUAGCUCACCGGGACCAGUGGACUGGACUCAUGGCCAUGGCCCUCUUGCUGGCGGCGCUCGCCGCCCUCUUUUCCGAACUGGGGCUCUCCAGCUUUGAGGAGGAAGCCUCGCUGUGGAUGUGUCUACGGCAGAUAGCUAGCCCCGUUGCUGCAGCCGCAGCUGUGAUCUUCCUUGUCUGCCAACUGCUGCGGAGCUGGCUCGAGGCUUUUGCGCUCCUCGUCCGGCAGCAGCUGGGAGCUAGCUGCUGCGGCCAUUUUGCACUCUUCCUGGCGGUGCUGGUGCUGGCACUGGGCAUAUCCGAGAGCUAUGUGAAGCGCCAGAUUCUGGCGCUGGCUGUUCUUCUGUCGGGCUGUGGUCUUGGCUACAUCUGGAGCGCUCCAGGUCUCUUCCACUCCUCUCUUUGUUUUCUGCUCCUGUGGUUCUUGACAAAGUGCAUCGAGGGCUCCUGGAGCAACCAUUUCGUGGCCAUGCUAGCCAUGUAUGGCGUCGGUCAGCUCUUCUACUCUAAGCCUGAGCUGCUUCUGCACGUCUUCAGUGCAGAAAACCUCUACUUCUGA